GAUUUAUCCCACAACACAUCCAAAACCACGUGGAAACCAGAGGUGUGCGCAGGUUUGUCACAGAGCAACAUUGCAUCGGCGAAGAGCCGACCACUGCCGCAAACACAGCUGCACAAGUUGAUGUAACAGUAGGAACCAAACUUGUGGCAGGCGUUGAGCUCCUGCGUCAGACUUUACGCACCAUGCGCUCCGUGUGACUGGAAGCUCUGUGAUUUCGCAUCUCUUUGCGCGCAGAGAUGUUGCAUACGGAGGCAGGGGCUGAAUGAAGAUACCGUACACCGGAUUUAAAUCGUCACGCCGAGUCGUCAUAACCCGCACUGCACAAGAUUUAAGAAAAGCACAAGUUUCUUUCCCUGGCACCUUCCUGUCUUCUACCCGAUCUCUCUCCGGCCCUGUUCCGUAGACUCUCGCCUCCUCGCCACCUGUCAACAUCUCCUCUGACGGAGCUCCUGCGUCGUGGCCAUGCCAAAGAACACCAAGGUGACCCAGCGGGAGCACAGCAAUGAGCCGGUCACUGAGUCGGUGGCUGACCUGCUGUCCCUGGAGCACCCCAUGGACUAUAAGAGCAGUCAGAUGAGCAUGGGCCUGAGCCCCGGCUCCACUGCUCCAGUAAAGGCCCUGCUGCCUUCCCCUGACCCGGACGCCGAGGACGGCCGACCGGCUUGGAACAACAAGUUGGAGUACAUCCUGGCCCAGGUUGGCUUCUCUGUGGGCCUGGGUAACGUUUGGAGGUUUCCUUACCUGUGCCAGAAAAACGGUGGAGGUGCGUACCUGGUGCCCUACUUUAUUCUCCUCCUCCUCAUCGGCAUACCCCUCUUCUUCCUGGAGCUGGCCGUGGGACAGAGGAUCAGGCGUGGCAGCAUCGGGGUGUGGAACUACGUUUACCCACAGCUGGGGGGCAUCGGGGUUUCCAGCCUCAUGGUUUGCGGUUUCGUGGGCCUAUAUUACAAUGUGAUCAUUGGCUGGAGCAUCUUCUAUUUCUUCCAGUCUUUCCAGUAUCCACUGCCUUGGGCUGAAUGCCCCUUCCAGAGAAACGGAUCCCAAGCCAUUGUGGUGCCAGAGUGCGAGAAGAGCUCGGCCACCACCUACUUCUGGUACCGCCAGACUCUCAACAUCACCAGCUCCAUCGACGACACCGGGGGCCUAAACUGGAAGAUGACCCUCUCCCUGCUGGUGGCUUGGAUCUUGGUCUGCUUGGCUGUCAUCAAGGGCAUCCAGUCCUCGGGGAAGGUGAUGUACUUCAGCUCCCUCUUCCCGUACGUGGUGCUUUUCUGUUUCCUGGUACGAGGCUUGAUGCUGAAGGGUGCGGUGGACGGCAUCGCUCACAUGUUCACCCCUAAGCUGGAGAAGAUGUUGGAGCCGCAGGUGUGGAGAGAAGCAGCGACGCAGGUCUUCUUCGCCCUGGGUCUGGGCUUUGGAGGUGUAAUUGCUUUUUCCAGCUACAACAAGCGAGACAAUAACUGCCACUUCGACGCAACUCUGGUUUCCGUCAUCAACUUCGUUACCUCCAUCUUGGCCACGCUGGUGGUGUUUGCUGUGCUGGGGUUCAAGGCAAACAUCAUGAACGAGAAGUGUGUUGUCGAGAACGCAGAGAAGAUCCUGGGUUACCAAAACACAGGCGUGCUGAGCAAAGAUCUCAUCCCUCCUCACGUCAACUUCUCCCACCUGUCCAGCCAGGACUAUGCAGAAAUGUAUGGAGUCAUUAAGACGGUGAAGGAAGACAUCUUCGACCAGCUGGGCCUGGAUGCUUGUGUCCUUGAGGACGAACUCAAUAAGGCGGUUCAGGGCACUGGUCUGGCCUUCAUCGCCUUCACAGAGGCCAUGACCCACUUCCCUGCCAGUCCCUUCUGGUCCGUCAUGUUCUUCUUCAUGCUCAUCAACCUGGGCCUGGGCAGCAUGAUCGGCACAAUGACCGGCAUCACCACUCCCAUCCUGGACGCUUUCAAGAUCCGUAAAGAGAUCCUGUGUGUGGCUUGCUGUGUCAUCGCCUUCCUGUUAGGCCUGCUGUUUGUGCAGCGUUCAGGGAACUACUUUGUCACCAUGUUCGAUGACUACUCUGCCGGUUUGCCUCUAACCGUGGUGGUGAUACUUGAGAACGUGUCUGUAGCCUGGAUCUACGGCACUAAGAGGUUUAUGCAGGACCUGGAGGACAUGCUUGGUUUCAGGCCGUACUCCUUCUAUUACUACAUGUGGAGAUACGUGUCACCUGCCAUCCUGGUGGUUCUCAUCAUUGCCACUGUCAUCGAGAUGGCCGUCAGUCCUGCAGGAUACAACGCCUGGGUGGAAUCUGAGGGCUCAGAAAGUUUCCAUAGCUACCCUCCCUGGGCGUUAGCCAUGGCCUACGCUCUCAUCGUGGCAGCCAUGCUGCCUUUACCCAUCGUCUUCAUCGUCCGCCACUUCAACUUGAUCUCAGACGGCUCCAACAAGCUGUCUGUCUCCUACCGUAAGGGCAUGAUGAAGGACAUCUCCAACCUGGAGGAACAGGACGAGCAGCGCUUCAUCCUCAGCAAGAACCCCAGCGAGGCUCCCUCCCCGAUGCCCGCACACCGCGCUUACUUGGGCCCCGGCGGCACCCAGGAGAUGACCAACACCAACUACGGCACCAGCACCAAGACGGGCUACCAGAACAUCGGCUCACCCGAGUCUGAGCUAUGAUCCGCUGAGCUCGUAGAUCCUCCCUGUCCGCUAAGCCCUGCUUGAAGAGAGGGAAACAGAGGAAGUCAAGAAGGAGAGAAAAUUCACUUGAAGCAUUCAUCACACCUUAACCCUCAGAGCCCACUCCCUCAGUUCCCCCUUUUUCUGCUCCAUUGCUCCUUGCCUGUGGUAAAAGGGACCGCGUGAACGUGAACCCCACAAGAUACGGCGACUGUUUUCAUCUGUCGUGGCAUUACAGGGACAGAGAGAGAGGGACCGAGAUGGGAACAAAGAGAUGGAUGAAGUUUAGAGAGGUCAAGCGCUGGCUUGGAUGUUUUGGUAAUAAGCUCUGGCUGAGGUUAAGGUAUGUGCAAUGCUAUGAUGCUUUACUGAAUCCUUUGUGUUCACCAGUUUGUGCUUCUUCUGGUUCUGGUUCUGGUCUGGAGAGGAUUGUCAUGUGUGGGGACGGGAUGGAAGGAGAAAAAAAACAUUCAUCUUGUCCUGGUCUAUAUCACAGUAUGAGAGCAUUUCUCAUCUAGAAAACAAAAUGCAUCAAUAACAGUAUGUAACAAGUGAUCCUGAUGGUGUGAGUAGUGUUACAAGCACAUUAUAUCUUUAAGUUUAUCGUGCCUAUCAUACAUCAGCAAUAAUAGCCAGUCACAGUAAGGUCCACAUGAAACUUUGGGUCUCCUUCUAUCUCUGUGUUCCCACUGAUGUAGAAUACUGUACAUAUGUGUUGUGCAAUAGUUUGAGAUGUCACCGUAAAUCGUGCAUACACACCGCAAUAGUGCAAAACAAGAGGCAGCUUUUUUGCAUCUUCAUUCCAUGGGCACACAAGCACAGGCGCCUGCUGUCGUUAGAGCAUCUCUGAGCCUUAAGACAGAGCAGCACUUUUCUUUUCAGCAACAUUUUCCCAUCACAAGCAAGGCUUAGGGAGUCGACGCCAGCAGCACUUCACGCAUCCCCAUGCCCGGCCGCCCCAGACAAAGCUUUUCCAUUUUAAUCAAUCAUUUUAAUCAAGCGUUUCCAUUUUAAUGAAUGCGUGGGGAGGGCAACGGUGGCAGCGCACGGGCAGGAAUGAGCGGAGCAGGCUUGUGUUUGAUCAGGGGGCAGCUUCACGCUUGUCUGUCUCGGCAUUAGAGAGAGGCGAGACAGAGAAGCAAUGGGCAGUGUGAGUGUCGUCUUCAUGUUGUUGCCUGCUACUGAAUGAGAGCUCCCGGUGACCCUGCCCGUUAAAAAUAGCGCCGCGUUACCCAGGGGAAGCCGUGGCAACGCACCAUAGAUACAGAUCCUCUCUUCUGAUGCGGAGGAGGAAGAGGAGAGUGGACACCUUGCUUUGUCUGCUCCACCUGCACAGCUGUUUGUGCGGCGGAACAGAGACGAGACAUUUUGCUGUUAAAAAGCCCCAAAAGAAUGUCUCUCUAAUGUCGCUACAGUGCAUUGAAUGAGAGGUUCACUGCCAUGCCUUGCUGUGGAUUAAUCAUACUUCAUCCCUGAGAGGAUGGUAUUUAGGUUCAACAUUCGUCAAAUUGUGACCACUAUAUAGAAGACAUAAUUUCAUAAACACUACAACAUCAUUUUGAUGUUUUUUUUUGUGAACUGAUGUGUGAAAUCUAUUUUUUAUUAAUAUUAUUAUUAUUAUUUUAAUAGUAUAAUGUCGUACGACGGCGUGCGUUUAGGGGUGCAAUGUGGAAAUAUUCUGUGAUGUAAAUGUUUGGAAUAAGUAGUAAUACAUGGUUUUCACCACUGGGUGUCUCUGCUGGCCAGUGGAGGAGCCGAGGACGCACACUGUUCUGGAGGCCCCUCCCUGAGACAACAGCAACAUUUGAGACGGAGCAGAUGUAGUGUGAAGCACAGUCAGUCACAUUGUGUGGUGCCUGAACAGCAUCUGUGUUGUCUGUUUGCCUUACGCGUUUGUCAUCGUGUUUUCUUGAUUAUUUAGUACGUUUUUUUUUUUUUUUCCUAUGUGGAGUUUGGACCAGCGUUUCAUCUCAUUCACUCGAGCACUUUAAUUAUGCAGAGACCCUGGAGUUGUUUUGCUUGUCAAGGACACGUCAGAAAUCAGCUUUGUAGAAGGGGGGGAGAGUGAGGCGUAAAUGUCCGUGAACGGCACAAGUAACACAAGGCCAAGAUUUUUAGUCUCUUAUGUGUGUUGUCACAGAAGAUUUUUGAUAUUUAUCUUUACAUGUAAAAUAUUUGUAGUGGCUUUUUAUCAUUAAAACACUUCCUAAUUUACAUAAUGUAAGUGCUGAGCCACCCCGGUGAUCACAUGACUGCUACUGUACAUAGAGGCUGUGAUAUUGCUUUAAAAUAUAAUAGAAUUCACCAUCAAAUCAUAUAUUUGUAAUUGUCUGACUGUCAGUUAACGUGUUUUGUUUAACAGUGGCACUAAUGACGUGGAGUACAAAGAGAAAUCUGUAUUUAAGGAAGUAAAACAACAAUGAACCACUGUGAUAAUGCAACACAAUCAGGAAAGUCUCCAUUUUAAACACCGUGUUACAAAUGAGCAGGUUAAGGCUGUUAAUGCCUUCAGACACUGGAUUAUAACUACUUCAUUCUUUAACAUGCAAAGACGCAGACCUGAUUCACUACAUGUUCGCUGGCUUGAGAUUCAAAUGUCACACAACCUGACAUGAAAACACUUCCCUGCAGAUUUGGCUCAGAGUUAUUAAAGCACAUUUUUUUUAGGAAGCACAUAACUGGAAACAGAAGGAAGUAUUUAUGUCUCAGUUUCACUCCAAUCAACGAGCUAAAGCUCAGCGAGGGUGAAGUAGAUGAUGACACACGUAGACCGAGCUCUGAAUCCUGCACGUCACGAGAGCUCUCUGCAGCGUAAGGCUGCACACUGAAAUGCACUGCCAUCCCCAACCGAACCGCACUACAAGUCUACAAAAGCACCACUAGCUACGGACGAAUCUGCACAAUGCACAGGUCGAGACGUGUGACGCGAGCCGAGGCUGACGUACCGGGCCCCGUACGAAAGUGAGCACAACAACUUGCGGUAGCUAUAAAACACAGAGGCACAGCUGAUCUUUCCUCUUGGAACUCUGCACAAAUAUAAAGUAUAAUGUCUUCUCUUAUUGAUCCAACGUUGGCCAGUAAAAAGCCGUUGGCAUUUGGUAUUGAUACACACCACUGAAAACAAUUCCAGGGUCUCUCUGUCUUGUCCACGUGUCAGCUGUGUUGCAAGAAACAUCUAGAAGUGAACUCAGUUAAAUUACUUGAGAUGAAGAGUGAGUUUAUUUAACUGUGCAAAUAAUCGUUAUGUGACCAACCAUAGUUAUAUUUAUAGUAUUUAAGGAGAUGUAUUUAAUCUGUACAUAUCGAUGUACAUUCUGAUGAAUUCACACUGAGUAUCUAUAGUGAGAGUGACAGGGUGUAAACUUGAGCUGUAAAUAAUAAUUGUAUAUUUUGAGAUAUUUUUUGAUUUUUUGUACUGUCAGUAAUGUUACUUUGGUGUCUGUUGGUUUCUGGUGUUUGUGUGUGGUUGUUCUCGAUAAAAAGAAAAAUAAUGGCUGAGCGUGCUGAGUGUGCGUGCAUGUGUGAGUGUGUGUGUGAGCGUGCGUGUGUGUGUGCGUAAGUAAAAGUAUACGUAGGAUUUUUGGUGUUUCAAUGUGUGUGUUUUUCUCCUCUCUCAGUGUUGUGUGCUGCUGAUCUAAUCCCGUAGAAUAAAUCCUGUUGUUACAGUGGACUGGGACCACUGGGUGUUUAAAGCAAUCUCUUCUCUGUGUCUCUCACUGGAACUUCGGUGGCUUUCCAGCACAAAACUGGCAACACAAUCAAGAAGAAAUGUUCGACUGUAACAAUGAGACGGACACUCUCAUUCUGUGGUACAAUAACUGUACAAACAUGAUGGCGCGAACAGGAAAUUAAAAUAACCACUUUUACCAAACCUACAUAA